AUGUCUUCCGAAGUAGUUCCUAAUGAAAAAGAAGACGAAGAAGUUGCGAUUCUUGACAUCUUGUCGAAGGUGUUCAAGUUAGAUGAAGAAGAGAUAUGUUUGAACGAAGAGAAGCAAAAACAAUUGACAAAGCAUGCGAAAAGCUUUUGGAUACUAGAGGGAUUGAUACGCUGUCUUAGUACCUAUUUUCAGGACGAUUCUAGUAAGUUUUUUCCUCUUUGGUUUUGGUUAUAUUACACUAGCCAAAAUCUUUUGUUUCUCUAUUUUUAGGUUAUGAACAGCAUCUUGAACACAUCUACGGGCUACUUGAUGCCAGUCUGAAUACAGGCCACUUCUCCGAAGUCCCGGACGUCUACAGAUUGCUUUUUUCGGUCUGUUGUUUAAUCCAGACGUUCAUUUUAUGGAAAAGUGGGAAAUCAGAGGUAUGUUCUAUUUAUUUCCGUGGAUUUUGAUUUUAGGAAGCUUUGGCCAAGUGUGAUGAGGGUCUACUGAAGGGUUACGAGCUGGAUGAAAACGUUUUGGGAGAGUUAGGCGAAAUUUUAUCUGAUCAUAUGGGUCCCAUGGAGAAGAUCGAGGUAAUACAAAAUUCUCAGCUGGUAAAUGUUUAUGUUUUGAUGUGAUUAGGUAGAAUAGAUAAUAACGAAGCUAAUUAUUUACAAACUUCUCUCUUUUCAAGCUCUUACCUGGAGUAAUAAUCAAUUUUUCCAACCGUUACCUCUGAUCCGAUGGAUAAUAUAAAAAAACUUUCAGUUUCCCAGUCAUUUGUCUCAUAACCCUCCUGCUCCUUUAUCAACAACUCGAAAGAUCUCUGUUCUCAAUCUUCCGAGUCUGGAAACCUUCUAUACUAACGCGUUUUUGCCGGAAAAACCAGUGAUAAUCCGAGGGCUCCUGUCAAACAUGCCAUGUUACAAAAAAUGGAGGUAAACAACUUUCUUCCUCUUAUAAGUUUUAGUUUUGACUACUUGUACAAUAAAUGUGGCCGUCGGAUCGUCCCAGUCGAGAUUGGUAGCAAGUACACGGAUGAGGAUUGGAGUCAAAUCUUGAUGCCUUUUGGUCAAUUUCUUAACGACUUCGUUGCCAAUGAGGAAAAUGUAAGUCUUUGAAGUUUUUUUGUUUUAUUUUUAGGCCGAAGAACCGGGUUAUAUGGCUCAACAUCGACUUUUGGAUCAAGUUCCGUCACUCCUCAAGGAUAUUAUUAUCCCGGAUUACUGUAGUUUGGUGUCGAGCGAUGAACCAGAGAACAUAAAUUGUUUUAUUGGUCCUUCCAGCACUGUUUCUCCUCUACAUACCGAUCCAAGGCAUAAUUUCUUCUUCCAGGUAAGAAUUUGGGUCCCACCACGAAAACUUUGAACUUCUGGGUAUUGUAUGAAAUAGUGAACAAAGUAUUUUUAAGGGCGUAUUUUACCUAAAAACGGACUUUGUUUGUGCAAUAUAGUGUGGUUAUUUGCAAAAAUUGACUGUUUUGGGUCCCAACACGAAAACUUGAUAUUUCUGGAAACACUCGGAAAGAUUGUGAAACUCAUUUUACAGACCGUAUUUUACCCAAAAUGACCUUUGUUUGUGCUAUAUAAUGUGAUUAUUUGAAAAAAAUGGGUUUGGGUCCCAACACGAAAACUUGAUAUUUCUGGAAACACUCGGAAUGGUUGUGAAACUCAUUUUACAGACCGUAUUUUACCCAGAAACGUUUUUAGAUCCGUGGGAAAAAGUUUGUCCGGCUCAUAAAUCCGGACCAAAGGCACAACAUCUACUUAUUCGACGAUUUCCUCCGUGCCAACUCAAGUCAAGUGGAUGUGGAGCGGCCCGACUACGAAAAGUUCCCUAAAUUUAAGGACGUAAUUGUUGAGGACUUUGUCAUGCAACAGGGCGACUGUUUGUACAUUCCACAAGGGUAUUUUCAUCAUAUCAGAGCACUCGAACCGAGCAUUUCCAUGUCAAUUUGGUUUGGCGACUCGAAAAGUUGCGUGGAAAAGAAUGGGAAAUAA